AUGCGCAAUCCCGCACCCCAUUCGGUUGCCACUUGGGAAGAACUGAGCAAAGCGGAAAAAAAAAGAUGUAUGCGAAACUUUGUAAUACCAGAUGCCUUACGAAACUACCUUGUCCCGAAUGCGAACACUACGCUGUUACAAUUUGCUCGUUUUAAAUUCCCCUCCCUCUCUAGCGAUGAGCGGAACAUCGAAGAUCGCAGGUUCUUUUCUUCGGAGCAGCCGAUCAUGGUGGACAUCCUCCACCGACAGAGACUACAAAGGUUCUCCAUCCCUUCAGAGAAAACUGUUGCGAGGUUACGGUCGAUUGCUCCCGACAUGGUGGCGCAAGGAGCUAGGUCUAUCCGCUACGCACAUUUGCCUGGGGAGAGUACAAAUUACCCAAUGUGGGUUGUGGACCUCUGGAACCAAUUUAUUAUUGUCAGAAAGCACCAUGCCCCUUGGAUUGGGCUCGAAGAGUGGCUUAACAUCCAACAGCAGACUAUCCACGACAAGACAGAAAUUGAAUCUUUUCUGGCAGCGAUGGACAGUGUUCCAUACUUACGAAAAGCGGACAUGCGCCCAGUUCAUGAGUUGUGGAGAGUUCUCGGGAAUAAUUGGACGUCCGGCACCGACAUUGACGCAAUGCUCCACGCAAUGCAGUGGAAAAUCGACGCUCUUGGAAACCUGAAAGAUUUUCUUGUCCUUCCGGUCCAUUUCACCCAGAAAUUGGCCGAGCUGAUUGUUGAUGGUGGUCAUCGAUACCGCGAUCCCGAUGAUAGAACAUUUAGAUGGUUGAGGAGAAUUGGGGAGCAGGUAUUUCGGGACGGGAGAGUGCUAUUGACCGUUGUCCAUCUCGGACCUUCGACUGGCGUACCGCACUGGGUCCCUGUGGUAUUGGAUGGAACGCAGAACCUCCUUCUUUAUGGAGAUUCUCUUGAUGCGGAAGCGACGAUCCCGACGGAAAUUCAUCGAGCUUACUUUGCUUGGGCUGCAAUGUAUUCGCAAGAACCUCUCAUCACGGAAAGGUUCCAGAUAGCACCGCAAAUGGACUCCCACUCAUGUGGUCCUUUGGCAAUCAAUGCGCUUUCGAACUUUGCCCUCGACCUUCCACUUGUCGAUUCGAGCAGAGGUAUACAAUCUGAGUGUCCGAGUAAUGGGGAUAGUGAGGAAUUCGGCUCUCACGCUACAGGUGAAAAACGAAAGCAAGGAGAGGGGGCACCAAAUUGUGUUUCAGAUGUCGAGCACAACCUAAUAGUUGAUGAAGAGGAAGAUUUGUAUGGCAACGACGAGGAAGACGAUGGCAAUGACGAGGAAGACGAUGGCAAUGACGAGGAAGACGAUUAUGAUGAAGAUGAGGAAGAAGGGGUAAUCGAUGGGAUCAACGGGGAUGUCGCGGUGGAGGAGGUCAUCCGAUAUGUGGACGAACUCGAAAUUACAACUAAGUCAUCCAACCCGCAUGGAAAUGACGAAGAACUGAAGGAGAUUGGCGAAAAUCUCAAAGACAUCAAGAAAGAGAUAAAGAAGGAGAGGAUCAUACAGGUCGCAGAAGCAGACGACUCAGAUUUAGAUUCGGACGAUGGCCAUGGGAACGAUGGAGAGGACUCCGAUGGCUACGACAUCGAUGAUGGAGAACAUUUAAUUGACGAACUAAGUCCAAGCACGCGGAGUUCAUAUCGAAGGUGCUUACCUUUGUUCUCAAACUAUGCAUUCAGAUCCUGGAUGAGCAUUUUCCUCGAUACGACCAUGCUUGCCUUUCUUUCAUGA